CGGAAGUGGCUCUGGGAGCGAGGCGAAUCGGGGAAGGCAGCGAUGGCUGCCGGCGUACCCUGUGCGCUUGUCGCCAGCUGUUCUUCCACCUUCACCGGGGACAGGCUGGUUCAACAUAUUCUUGGAACAGAAGAUCUUGCUGCAGAUACGCCUGCCAACAAUGGUGUGAGAUUUUACCCCUGGACUAUUGAUAACAAAUACUAUUCUGCAGACAUCAAUCUGUGUGUGGUGCCAAAUAGAUUCCUCGUCACAGCUGAAAUUGCAGAGGCUGUCCAGGCUUUCAUUGUUUGCUUUGACAGCACCCAAAAAUCUGGUCUUGACAGUGUUUCAUCAUGGCUUCCAUUGACAGAAGAAUGGCUUCCAGAGGUGAUGAUCUUGGUUUGUGACAGAGUGUCUGAAAAUGGUGUAAACCGACCAAAAGCUCAAGAAUGGUGCAUCCAACAUGGCUUUGAGUUGGUAGAACUUAAUCCAGAAGAAUUACCUGAGGAAGAUGAUGACUUCCCAGAGUCUACGGGGGUAAAGAGAAUCAUACAAGCCUUGAAUGCCAAUGUCUGGUCGAAUGUAGUAAUGAAGAGCGAGAGAAACCAAAGCUUUGGCCUUCUUAGUUCAUUGGCUGGUGCAAACUGUAACAUUGGGUCAACUGAGAACCAUCACACUGAACCUCAUUUGCCUGUAGGAGAUGGGACUGAAUGCUGCUUUGACCGUCUAGAUAGCGCUUCUAACACAACUGACUCCCAGGUUGAUAGCAUUGUAGACCCCAUGCUAGAUCUGGAUAUCCAAGAGUUAGCCAGUCUCACUACUGGAGGAGGAAAUCUGGAAAAUUUUGAACGACUUUUUUCAAAGCUAAAAGAAAUGAAAGACAAAGCAGCGACUUUGCCUCAUGAACAAAGAAAGUUGCAUGCAGAAAAGGUGGCCAAAGCAUUUUGGAUGGCAAUUGGUGGAGACAGAGAUGAGAUUGAAGGCAUUUCUUCUGAUGAAGAAAACUGAACUUCUUGUGUCUGGUUAGCCAAGAUGCUCCACAGCAGCCAAAGCCCUGACACUUCCUGGAUGGACCCUGUUUUGUUUUGCUGAGAUUCCCAUCAUCAUGUUGACCAUCUAGCCAGUGUAAAGGGUUGAUUGUUGGUUUUGAUAGUAGCUUACAGAAGGCUGUCCUCCCUCAGAGUCUAUUAUAAGGGAAUGAAGAGUAUGACAAUUAGAAGUGAGCUUCCUCCAGAUUUACUUUUUGCUCUAGAGGAGUGGGAAUUAGCUACAGAAGCUCUUGCCCAUGUAAAUGAGUCAAGCCACUGUGGGCUAUCCAUUCUGUCAUGGCAACAGUCCCUGUAUUUCUAUUCAGUUACCAUUGCUCCUGAGUUUAUACCAUCAUUCCCAGGACUUUAUCUCCUCUCACUUUCUCAGCUAAUUUUCAAGAACCAAGCUUACCUGAUCCAUGAUGUCUUUCUUCCUUUUGUGAGGUGAGAAAAGAAAGGAGACCUCAUGUUAAAUUGGUAAUUAAAUGUAUGGCAGCUCUGACCUUACUAAGUGGCACAUGGUUUAAUCUGUAAAUGCAGAUUUACAGAAAUGUCUGUGGACUCUGCCUUUUAAAGGUUUCACUCCUUCUAACUAAGCUCAUGCCAGAAGACUGUCUUGGACAGUGGAUUUUAUUGUUGCAGAAAAUGAGCAGUUUCAUUAAAUAUACAAGGAAGGAAUAACCUUCACUACUGUUGUGUUUAUAUGAGAGAGAGACAGCCUUCUGAAGUUUCUAAAUGGGAUUUUAAAGAGCAUGGGAGCAAUAUAAUGAAUGUAGCUGCCCCAAUAUCAUCAGAAAGAUAAAAUGGAAUAACAAUAAGUAUUUUAGUAUUUCCCCACAAAGAUCGUCUCCCGCUGCUGAUGAUACCCAAAGUAAUGUUGUCACCCCAUAUAUGCUUACAAAUAAGUGAGGUAUCCCAUUCUUUUGGGCUACGAACCAAACUAAGAUAUAGAGUAGUGACAGUGGAUGGUAUAGAGGAGGUAGUGUUAGGAAACUAAUUUACAACAAAUUCAUAAGUACUGUGAUUGUAGGGCUUUGACAUUUCCUAUGAACCUUCCAUAAAUAGCAGCUCUGAGUGCCCUUGUGGUUUUUAUCCUGUGAAAAAGGUCAAUAUGCACUUUUGAAUGGAACAGUACUAAGGGGAACUCUCCCAAAGAAAUAGCAGAGAGAGUUCGUGAAAAUCAUUUUUUAAAAGGCUGCUUUUGUGAAUUACUUAUUAUCAGCAUGGGAGAGUAGUGGAUCUCACAGGCUACAAGCUAGACUUAAAAGAAGUAGAGGUUUGCUGGUGGUGGUUGCUCAGGUUGCAGGUCCAGGCCUGAGGCAAUUCCAGAGGUGAAAACAACCUGGCAUCUAGAGGAAGCCCAGGCUUGAUCACACACAGGAGCAAGUCUGACCCUCACACAUCCUCUUACACGUUCUACAGAAACUGAAAUGAGGGAGCCGUAAGAACAGGACAAUUCCAGCAUACGAGACUGUCCUGCAGCAGCACUCUCCCCAAAGUGAACUGCCAACCACAGAAGAGACUGUGACAUUCAUGGUGUUUCUUUUAAGAUGAUUGUGUUAGCUAUUCUAUUAAGAACGUUGAUGAAGUCCAGCAUGAAGAUGGGAGAGGAGGUUGGAGAAUUUUUUCCCCUUACCAUGACCAGAAGCAUUAGGGAAACAGUUAGGUCAUAUGUAUUAGGGAAAACUGAUUGGAAAAAGCUGUGAACUUGAUUUUAUAAAUUAAACAUGGCUGGAUUGAUUAAAAUGAGUGUUAUUUAUGAAG